UUCGAUUUCGCCAUGUACUGGCGCAUCACCGUGCCGGCCAAGACGAAGGCCGAGGUCGAGGCCGAGCCAUGGCUCGUAGCGCUUCCAGGCCUCUUUGUAUGGCGCGGCGUCGGCUUCCGCCGGUGGCACGCGCUCGCCGCGACCUUCUGUACGCAGAUGUGUUGCGGCUCCAUCUACGCCUACCCGGCGCUCCUCAACAGCCUCAAUGUGCACUUUGGCGAAACCGACGACGGUGCAGCCAUGACGCGCAUCAUGCUCGUGGCCAUGGCCUGCUUGGGCGUCGCCGGCGCGCUCAGCGGACCAGCGCUCGAGCGCCGCGCGCCGCGCGUUGGCAUGUUUGCGGGCUCACUCUGCGCGUGCCUCGGGCUGCUCGUGGCACACAUUGCGAUUCUCGUCGCGUCCGAAGCGCUCUUGAUCCUCGGCUACGGCGUACUCUUCGGCGCCGGCGUCGGGCUUCUCGUGCUCUCGUCGAUCGCGACGGCGCAAAAGUGGUACCCCGACUACCGCGCGACGUGCAUGGGCGUCAGCGUCCUCGGCUUCGGCGCGGGCCUCACGCUCUGGAACCGACUCUACAUGAGCCUCCUCCAUCUCGCGACGACGACCGACGUCGUCACGACCAGCGCACCCCUCGCGCACGUCUUCUCGACCUCCUUGACCAUUAUCGGCCCCGUCUUGGUCCUGAGCAGCGUCGUGCUGCGAUCGCCGCCCUCGAAUUACGUCGUCCAUGGCGUCGACAUGCACUGCGUGGCCGUCGACUCGCACGCGGCGCACCAUGUUGUGCAGGACGAGUUCUUCAAGGUGGGCAUGACGCUCGUCAACUUUGACGCGAUCCGAGCUUCGAACGACGCGUUCGUGGGCACGGACGGCCACUACUACCAGCAGGUCAAAGCCCUCUCGCUACCGCAGUGCAUUCUCUCGACCGACUUUGCGCUGCUCUACCUCGCGUUCGCCGCGACCGUCGCGCCCAGCAUCCUCUUCGUGUCGCAGCUCGUGCCCAUGACGUCGUCUCACUUCACGCAGCACGACGACGUGGCGGCCAUGGCCUUUGCCCGCGUCCCAGCGCUCGUGAGCCUCCUCGGACGCCUCCUCGCGCCGCUGCUCUCGGACGGCGUCGUGCGCGUCUUCUACGCCAACCCGGCCUUCGCGCGCAAAGUGACGCUCUUGGUGCUGCUCGGCACCGAGUGCGCGAUGCUGCCGCUCAUCGCACAUGCGAUCUCAAGCGCAGACUACGCGACGUUCCAGAUCGCCGUCACCGUCAUGACGUUCGCGACCGGCGGCGGCUUUGCCGUCGUGCCGUGCCUCCUCAGCGACUUGUACGGCGUCUUCAACAUGGGCACCAUGUACGGACUCCUCUUGACGAGCUGGUGCGGCGGCGUCAUCGCGGUCGGCCUCGUCCUCACCAACACGGACGUGGCCGACGCGUCGGCGCUCACCGGCGUUCUUUACGCGCUCUGCUACGUGCUAUUCGCAGCCUGGAUGCUGCUCUGGCUCGUGCGCACCAGCUCGACCGACCGGUUCUUCCCCGGGUACCAGAUCACGGCCUGUGGCUGCGUCCUUGUGCAGAUCCCGUUUCGGCGCAACGUGUCCGACACCCUGCGUGACGACGUCUCGUCGAGCAGCAGCAGCAUCGUCGCCCACCAGCCUGGCGGAAAGAGCCCGGCGCGCAGCUCGUUCUUCCUCUGGGACGACCACGCCGUCGUCGACGUGGGCUCGGGCGAGGCCAGCACCAUCACAGAAGAGGAUGCACAACAUUGA